UGCCUGCCUUGAAUUCACCCAAAAUCUCUCGGACGGAGGGCCUUUUUCUUUGGUUGUGAGCAUUCGAAGAGAUUGUCUUCAUACCGAGACAGAGAGUUUCUUUGUGUGUGUAGAAAGAGGCUAUGGAUAUUGAGACAAGACAGGACCUCAAAGGGGACUCCAUGCUUGCUGAAGUUUCUCUUGAUUGGAGGGGCAGGCCCUGCAAGCACGACAAGCAUGGCGGCAUGAGAGCUGCUGUCUUCGUAUUAGGCAUUCAAGCAUGUGAAAUCAUGGCGAUCGCUGCUGUUGGGAACAACCUCAUCACAUACGUCUUCAACGAGAUGCACUUCUCACUGUCGAUGUCGGCAAACGUAGUGACCAACUUCGUGGGGACUAUCUUCAUCUUGUCCCUGCUCGGUGGAUUUCUCUCAGAUUCUUAUCUGGGCAGCUUCUGGACUAUGUUAACAUUUGGAUUCGUUGAGCUCUCGGGCUUCAUACUACUGGCAGUCCAAGCACACCUUCCACAGCUGAGGCCACCACCAUGCAACAUGAUGACGGGAGAGCAGUGCGUGGAGGCCAAAGGAUUCAAGGCGGCCGUCUUCUUCCUUGCUCUCUACUUGGUGGCCUUGGGGAGUGGCUGCCUCAAGCCUAACAUGAUAGCCCAUGGCGCGGACCAGUUCGGAAGGGACGAUCCGAAGCAGCCGAAGAAGCUCUCCACAUACUUCAACGCAGCCUACUUCAGCUUCUGCGUGGGAGAGCUGAUCGCCCUCACUGUUCUCGUUUGGGUGCAGACGCGCUCCGGGAUGGAUGUCGGCUUCGGCGUGUCGGCAGGCGCCAUGGCGAUGGGCCUCAUCAGCUUAAUUUCCGGUGUUGUUUUCUAUAGAAACAAGCCUCCACAGGGCAGCAUCUUCACCCCUAUUGCAAGAGUCUUUGUAGCAGCAAUUAGCAAGAGAAAGCAAGUUUGCCCCUCUACUAAUUCUGAGUUGAUACACCAAAGCCAAAAGCAUGCUGGUGAUCAUCAUCAACCUUCUCCUGGUGUCAACAGCCUCAGGCACACCGACAAGUUCAGGUUUUUGGACAAAGCCUGCAUCAAAGCUCAAGAUGGCUCGAGCUUGAAAGAGAGCCCAUGGAAGCUAUGCACUGCCACGGAAGUCGAGCAGGUGAAAGUGGUCCUCUCGGUAAUACCGAUCUUUGCAUGCACCAUCAUCUUCAACACCAUCCUUGCUCAGCUCCAAACGUUCUCGGUCCAACAAGGAAGCUCCAUGGACACUCGAGUGGGGAACUCCUUCACGAUCCCUCCGGCUUCAUUCCAAGCCAUCCCUUACAUGAUGCUCAUCGUGCUCGUCCCCAUCUACGAAACCGGCUUCGUCCCUCUCCUCCGGAGGUUCACCGGAAAGGAGUCUGGGAUCACCCCCCUGCAGCGCAUCGGCGUCGGCCUCUUCACGGUGACCUUCUCGAUGGUUUCGGCCGCCUUGAUCGAGAAGAAGAGAAGGGAGGAAGCUGUCGGGCCACACAAGCAUCUGUCCAUCUUCUGGAUUGCGCCGCAGUUCCUCGUCUUCGGGCUGUCGGAGAUGUUCACGGCGGUGGGGCUCAUCGAGUUCUUCUACAAGCAGUCGGCGGGGGGGAUGCAGUCCUUUCUGACAGCCAUGACAUACUGCUCCUACUCAUUUGGGUUCUUCCUGAGCUCCCUCCUCGUCUCCCUGGUGAACAAGAUCACAUCAAGCUCGUCGAGUGGUGGGUGGCUGAGUGACAAUGACCUCAACAAGGACAGGCUGGACCUCUUCUACUGGCUCCUGGCGGCUCUCAGCCUCCUCAACUUCGUCAAUUACCUCUUCUGGGCCAGAUGGUACUCUACCAGUCCGUCUCUGUCAACUAAAGCGCCCAACCAUGGCCCCUCUGGUGAAGCCUCCCUUAGCAUCAGCUGAUUUCCUCGGAAUAUACUGUGAAGACCACCACCUCCAUGCAUGAUACCUUUCUUAUCGCUCUUAAGACUAACAAAGUUCUAAAUCUAAGUUUGAUAUCAAACUCAGCGCUAGUAAUCUUCAUCUUUCAUUAA